GGUCUGAACAUUUACAAUGAAGGUGUGAAACGGUUGGAUGAUUCUCUGUUUAUUCGUGAGCGAAGAGAUUUAUUGUGUACUGAGAGGUCUGUGGGGUCAUAAAGCAUGUCAGCGUUCAAUGGGACGAGAUCAGGCAGAAUGACGGCUUCUGACACCGCCCUGUCUCACGGCCGUAACUACAUGCCACAAACCUGUCUCAAGUAGCGUCCACCGACUACAAGAAGGGCUGAAUAGAUACCUGGACAGGUCCGAGAAAGAAGACCUGGUCGCAGCACUCAACGACUACCAGAGCCGUAGAAAUGUUGUGGACUUUGUGUACAAUCUGAAAGUUAUUUUGGACACCUCGGAAAAACGUGAGGCCAUUCUGCCGUUGCUAAGGAGGAUUUUACCACCCUCAGACCUGGACGUGUACGACCACUGUGUACAAAGUAAAACAGAGGUACGGCACCACCCCCAGGGGUGCGGGUGGAGUCAGCUGGCAUUUUCAGCCCCCCAGGGCGACGUCUACACUACCCUCAUCUGCGAAACGUUCUGUUAAAUCGGACGCUGGCAAUGUGAGACUGUACAAAGAUAAGCACGGUUUAUCAUCGUCUUCUAAACACUUACAGUCCUCUGGAGUCCACUCCAGGAAUAAAAACAUGAUUCGGGGCAACGAAUUGUUUCGUGUUCAUGUGCCCCAGCCUGCUGCCUCUGAAGGUUUUGGUUUCAGUAUUCGAGGUGGGUGCGAGUACGGUAUUGGAAUUUACAUAUCACAUGUGACCGACGAUGGACUGGCCAGUGACAAAGGUCUGCAGGCAGGUGACCUUAUACUAGAAGUUAAUGAUAUUUCAUUUCGGAAGAUUACCCACGAUGAAGCUGCGAAGAUAAUUCGGUCAGCACGAAAACUUGACCUGGUGAUAUGUCGGGUGGGGAGGAUUCCUGGUUCCUAUUCUGUUCACCAGUCCUAUAUUUGGGUGGAUCCCAGUGGCCGGCCGGUGUCUCCACCCCCAGAGCUAGAGCAGAUUGGUCAGGCCCGGUCAGGUGACCAGAGAAGGAGUGGCCUGAUGCUACUAAAAGCUGCAGAUGAGCGCAAGAUAAACAUUUUCGUAGAGGAUGAGGCGAGCUUGGGACUGAUGAUUCGAGGGGGGAGGGAGUUUGGGCUGGGAAUUUACAUCACCGGGGUGGACAGGAACUCUGUGUCUCACAGAGCAGGACUUAAGAUGGGUGACCAGAUUUUGGACAUCAACGGUCAGAGUUUUCUGGACAUCUCUCACACGGAGGCCGUCAGCAUUCUCAAGGACAGCAGUCACAUGAUGAUGAUCAUCAAGGAUGUUGGCAAGAUUCCAUAUGCCAAAACGACGAUCGACAAGACGCUGUGGCUUUCGUCUGAUCAGAUCCGCAGGUCGCAUUCCAACAGAGAGCUAUCAAAUCCAUACAGAGAAACAGUCGGUGAUACUGGAAAACAACCAGCAUUUCUGCGAGGGGCCGGGUCACAGCUGAUGCUGAACUCCAUGGCCACGCAGCAGUGGGACAUGAUACAAGAGCGGGCUCGUCAACUGCUGAACAGCAGCGAGCAGGAGACGUUACGUCUGCACGCUGAUGAUUACCAGAGAUGGUUUAUCCGUGUGGAGGAGCUAGUACUCUCCCUAAGUGACUUACUUAACACAAGUGCUAAGUUUUCGCUUAUGACUGAAAUCAGGAAUUUGGUGUACCCCAGGGACCUGGAUAAGUAUGACGCCCUUGUCAUGAGAAGAGAAGUUGAAAUGAUCAAGAAUCGUCAGAAGUAUUUGGCAGAAGAUGACCGAUCAUCUCCGGAGAGCAUCGAGCCUGAUUAUUCCCCUUUACCUUCUGACAGAAAGUUUGAGUUAAACAAACAUCGUCACAACAGUUCACCUGAGUCUUCUCCUGAAUUCUCCUCUGUUCCGCACAGAAGGCAUGAUGGGAAAUAUAGUUCUCACCAUGGCAACCAGUCACAAAUUUACACCUCCACAGGAAACAUAACUCUUCUUAAAAAGCCACCACGCCAUAAACUCAAUGCAUAUUCUGGGGACAGAUUGUAUUACAAUACUGGUGGCUCAUUUGUGGACAUGCCCAGAAGUCAAAAGUCAAGGUCAGGUAAUGACCUUAGGAAGGCAAGGUCAGAGGAACAACUGUUAGUAAUGGCCGACGUCCAUGACGGAUUAUACAGUGUGGCCAAGCCUGUUGAAGAAAUGAAGAACCCAGCAGAAGGGGACAGUGGGGUUUACAUGAAUGGGAGCAGUGGUAGUGACAGUAGUUCUCCAUCUAAUAAGUAA